AUGAUUUUAAAGUUAAGUGGAGGUGGAAAUUACGAAAAUGAUGGAGUGAAAAACUGGAUAUUGGGACACAAACCAGCGGUACUGAUGUGUUAAAUAUUGAUGCUUUAAUUUACCAAUUAAUAAUAUUCUGAGAAAAUAUUGUACUUCAAAUUUGAGUUUUAAUUAGUAGCAUAUUUGCAGUCAAGUUUGGGCAAUAUUCAAAUGGGACCAAAAUUGGAAAAAUGGAUAAUAGAGUAUACGGAUGAAAUCAUUGGAGGAGGAUAUUAUGAUGAAUAAGGAUAAAAUAUUGGCAAUUGGGUUGAAGUUCAUGAAAAUUUUAAUUGGUACAUUUUUAAUUAAUUUCUAAUUCACUUUGAAAUUACUUUUCAUUGA